AUGGAGCCGCAAAGGGUUAGUCCCCUCCCCGACCGCCGGACCCAGGAUAGAGGUUUGGCGGCGUUAAAGGUGCCUGGCUGCUGUUUCCCUCUGCCGGCCGGGGCGAGCGGCUCUGAGAGCCGGAGCCGGGUGUGCAAGGUACCCCUCGCGAUCGGGGAGGGACCCGGCCCAGCGGGGCAGCCCCCUCGGAGGUACAGCUUUCUGUUACUGCUCCUGCAUACCAUCAGAGCUGUUACUGCACUAGAGGAGAUCGUCAGUAGACCCGGAGACAACACUAUGCUGAGCUGCAUCUAUCACAGAGGAGGACUGGACUUGCAAAGCCUCCGUGUGUACUGGCAAAUAGCUAAUCAGGAAGCGUGCUCCGUCGUACAUGCGCUGAUCUUCGGUCAAAACGACGAGAGUAAACAGUGUCCUCACUUCAAAAACAGGACUCACUUAUUCUGGGAUAGAUUGGAAGAAGGCAAUUUUUCACUGCUACUGCUAAACGUCAGCCACAGUGAUGAGCAUACCUACAAAUGUAUAGUGAUGCAGAAAAAAGAAUAUACUGACGUCAUUCACCAGGCAAACGUGGUUCUCAGUUUAGCAGCUAGUUAUAGCCAACCAAUACUCAGAGGACCAAUAAGAAACACUGACAGCACUGAAGAGGUGACUUUCAGCUGCAGGUCAGGCAAUGGAUACCCAAAGCCCAAUGUUUAUUGGAUAAAUAAAACUGACAACAGCCGUCUGCCUUCAUCAGAACCACAGAUCACCCUCCAUAACGAUGGCACUUACAGUGUUUUUAGCACACUGAAGGUUAAAGCCUCUCCUAACAUGCAAAUAGAGUGCUCCAUAGAAAAUAAAAUUCUGCAGGAAAAUCUAUCAGCCAACUACACACAGCAGAAGCAAAGCAGUGAUUCUAGCACAGAAAGUCCUGAAAGCCCGGGAAAGAAAGGACGAGGUGCUCAAGCAGUUGGCAUCAUUUCCAUUGUCAUUCUGAUGGGCGUUCUGGUUGCUUUAACCUGCUGGCUGCGGAGACGGAGGUCCUCUAAGCUAGUGUCCUACACAGUAACUUUUGCAACAGUGAAGGAGGCAACAACAGAAGUUCAUGAAAAAGAUGCAGGAUGCACUGGUUUUAAUGUCAAAGAUGACAAAGAUGGAAGUUAA